AUGGCAGCGGCAACAACAACAAAUUCAAUCCUCGUCCUCGGCGCCGGCGAGCUUGGCCACGCCAUCCUGUCGUCACUGCUCGCCAACCCACGCUACAACACGCCAUCUGCACCCACGACAAUAACACUACUCGUCCGGCCUGCCACCCUUGCUCACCCCGGGGAGGCGAAACUGAAGCAACAGAACAGCUAUCGCGCUCAAGGAGUUCGAUUGGUCGCAGGUGACAUUGAUGCCGACGAUGAAGCCACCCUGACGGAUAUCUUCCGGCCUUACUCGACCGUCAUCCACGCCGGCGGCAUGAACAGCCCAGCAGGGACAAUCACCAAGAUCACGCGCGCUGUCCUCGCCGCCGUCGUGAAGCUCUACAUGCCAUGGCAGCACGGGGUGAACUACGAUGCCAUCGGGCGGGACGGUGGGGAAGGAUUGUUCAGCGAGCAAGUGGACGUGCGGGAUCUCCUGAGGAGCCAGAGCGCCACGCAGUGGGUGAUUGUCAGUUGUGGCAUUUUCAUGAGUUUUCUGUUUGAGGAGUACUGGGGCGUCGUGGUGAAGAAGCAGCAAGCUGUUGGUGAGGGUGGAAGUGCCGGGCAGGAAGGGACGAGAAUCCGUGUCACGGCGCUGAAUUCGUGGGAUGAUAUUAUCACCGUCACGACUGCGGAGGAUAUCGGUCGUUGUGCGGCAGAGUUGGUGUUGGAUUCUGAUGCGCCAAGAGAUCGACCGGUUUAUAUCGCCGGCGAUACCUUGACGUAUCGUGCCUUUGCGGAUACGUUACAGAGUGUUACAGGAGUGGAAGUCGUUCGAGAUGUGUGGCCGGUGGAUUAUCUGAGAGAGUUGAGCCGCAAUGAUCCGGAUGAUAAGUUAAAGAAGUAUCGCGUGGUGUUUGCGGAAGGCACAGGGCUUAGUUGGCCAGUCGAGGGCACCUGGAGCAGCGAGAGGGGGUUUGAGAUGCAACGGGUGGCAGAUUGGGUGCGGAAGAAUUAUUGUUGA